UCUAAUAGACAUUCGAAGCUUUCGCAGUUUGUGCUCGAGUCCAAUAACCAGUAAAUGAUGCAAAGACCUUCGCUUCUAUGGUCUUCUAUUCUGCUCUAUCCAUCACACACCGCGCUCUGCACCUUCCGUCGUCUUACUCUUCCAUUAGGACCUCAGCUGGUUUGUGACGCUGCAGCUUCUUCAAGUCUACAAUUUUCCCUGACUCGUCUUCGGAAUUACCGACAUGCCAUCCCUCCUCUUCACAGCACUGGUACUCGGGAGACUGUUGAAACCACUAAGACAGGAACUGAGUUUGUUGAAGUUGGGUAUCUAUCAAGUGCUCAUGGGCUUCAUGGGGAGAUUUGUGUAAAACCUAGCACUGACUUUCCUGAAUUGCGUUUUUCCAAGCCUGGGAGGAGAUGGUUAAAGCAGCUAGUUUCAGGCAAAGAAACAAUCCAAGAAGUACAGCUUGUUGAGGGAAGAGGACACCCAGGACAAAAGAGCUGGAUUCUUAAAUUUGAAGGAGUUGAUGUGGUGGACCAGGCUAAGCAACUCGUUGGAUCCAUGUUGCUUGUAAGGAAAGAAGAUAGGCCACAAUUGGAAGAAGGAGAAUUUUAUACUCGUGAUCUUGUCGGCAUGAGAGUUAUGCUUAAGGAAACUGGUGAACCUUUGGGAACCGUUGUUAAUGUUUUCAACUAUGGAGCAAGUGAUAUCUUACGAGUCAUGCUUGAUUCAUCUGUGGAUAAGCCUGAAAAAAAUUUGAAGUCAACUCCCAGGGAAACAGAUAUCUCUGGUCGUUUGGUGUGGGUUCCAUUUGUCGAAGCAAUUGUCCCAGAUGUUGAUAUGAUUCGAAGAGAAUUGCAAAUUACACCACCAAAGGGACUCCUUGAGCUAAACUUUCGUUCUGAUGACAGGUCCAAGAAAGAGAGGCGCCAGAUUGAAUGGAAAGAGAGGAAAAGGUCCCAAAGACGCCUCAUAGCAGCCAAAAAGAAACUGUCUGAAAUGGAGCAACAACAUGUAUUCCAUGGGUUUAGGUUUGGUGAGAAAAUGCAACGAAGCUUACUUGCGGAUCAGAUUGUUGGUGUAAAUUCCAAACUACUUCAACAGGCACUGAAAAGUGUAACAAUGUCUACUGAGAGAUUGACUGAUACGGAAAUAUUCAGUGCUACAAAGACGAAGCUAGUAAGUAAUACUAUCAAAAUAUCAAAGGAUUUUCUGACUACUUACUCGAGUGAGAAAGAGUCGGCUGUCAAUUUCAAUUAUAAAGAAAAGGGUAUCUCUCUCAUGUCCAAAGGCAAGGUGGCCUCCAUUUUGUUCGUUCAGGACAUUGAGCGGUGGAGAUGCUCUGAACUUGAUCAUGUUGACUCUGAUUGUGUCGAUAGCUCAUCUUUUUCUGUCCUACAAUCACUGCUUUCUGACAAUCAGAGGUUUGUAAAGGUAGAGGAUCAUGUAUCUAUGCCAUUGAUUUUGCUUUGCCCAAGUGACAAAGUGCAGUCUCUGGAAAAGCUACUUUCAGAUAAUGAUUAUUUUGCAUUUGACUCCGAAAAGGUCUGGGUUCUUGAAGAAGAGAAGUUGCCAGUUAUCAGCAGUUCACCAGAAGAGCAGAACAAGCAUAAAAUUUUGAUGAAAUCACCAUGGGAAAUACUGCAGUCACCAGUUGGAUCUGGAGGAGUUAUCAGUUUGCUUGCAACACAAAAUAUUUUAGAGAAUCUUACUGAAAUUGGUGUGCAGUAUGUUGAGAUAUGCAGCACUAGCCAAGAAUAUGCUUCUGGAAGCCCAAUGCUUCUUGGGUUGGCUAACUCCUGUGAAGCAGAUGUUGGAAUCCAAAUUGUUGAAGAUGCUAAAGACUUGGAAGAAAAUCUCCGCACAGUGUUCUCGAUGAAUUUUAUGAAGAAGCUGACUAAUCAUGUCGAGAAACUCCAGUUCUAUGCAGUCCCAAAAUCAAGUUCGUAUGUUGAGAUGGUUGACAAGGAAUGGAUCGAUGUUACACCAUCAUCAACUAACUCAUUUGAACUCCGUUGUUCGAUAUACAGUGCCUUAAAUGCGUGUUCUCUUGAUAAGAUGUGUGUAAUGGAAGUAACUGAAUGAACACAUCAUCUUACUUCUUCUUCUUUGCAGAAUCUAAAUGUGCAGCCCUAAGUCUGCUGUGUUAUAUAUUCGGGUUAUAGAUCAUUGAUACAUAUGAUAGCUUGCGAGAGAUCGAUUCUGUUUUCUGUUUCCUGCA